AUGGUAGAGUUCAAGACAGGGGACCUUGGCGAUGUCUUGCCUAACUACGAGAACAUCGAUUUCUCUCUUGUUGAUUGCAAGACUAAAAAUUACGAUACGUUGAUUGAAAAACUCAAUGUAAAUCCAGAAAGAUCAGUUGUUGUUGCAAACAAUGUAGAAGGGAGAAAAGUAGUAAGAGGAAAAUUGAAAAAUGUAGUGCAAAAUGAGGUUAAAGUAAGGUCAUGUAAUCAUCCUAUAGGUAAAGGAUUAGAGGUUACUAUGAUUGAAAAAAGCAGAUUAGGAAGUCAUAAUCAUCAAAAAGUAGAGAAAAAGAAAGGUAAUGUGAAAUUGAGUAAGAAAAGCAAAUGGGUAUCUAAGGUUGAUGAAAAAUGUGGUGAAGAACACAUAUAA